UUUUUUUUUUUUUUUUUUUGUUCAGAAGUUGUUUAGUGCCUUCUGUUGACAGUGGAAUCAGAACUAGGCUAUUGUUUCAAAGCACAGACACUAAAUGAAAGGGAUUAUUACAGAUUAUAAAUAUACAUUUCCUGGCAUUUUAUUUGGUGGUGGUGGUGGUGGUAUUUUAAAUUUGGAUUGCAUCAUGUCAUCAUGCAACCUGGACUAUCAGAUUGUUGCUUAAAAUAAUAGUUUUAAAUUACGAGAACCCCCAAUUCAGGAUUUUUGAUAAGCACUUUAGCUUGACUUGUAGGGGGCUGGUAAUGUGUGUAUGUGAGUUAGUUUGGGAAGACAAACCUGUCAUGAAUAUAACUUUUUAUUUUAAAGACAAUGGAUUACAUUAUGAUAUCGCUUUACAUCGUUUUUUUAUUGGUCUCAGUUUGAUGGGUUUCUCAACAUUGCAAUGACAAAUUUUAGUGAAGGUUCUAAGAUAGUAUUUUUCCUAUUUUAAGUCUUACAAGAAAAACUAUAAAACAAACUGUGUCUGUAAAAUUAUUGUCAUCUAAUCAGUAUAUGAUUAGUAAACAGUAAGCACAGAGUUACUUCUUCAAAAGUCAUCAAAUUUCCUAGGUUUGGUUAGCUAAAUAAGAGAAAAAGCUCUUUUGAAAAUAAUAAUGGGUUCUUUUAAAUCCAUGGAUUUCUUCUGGGGAAAUCCCUUGGUUCUGAAUUAGGUCACAUUUUAUAGUAUUUCAAACACCGUUCUGUCAGAGACAGAAAAAGCAAGAGUAAGUAAGACUCUGACUAACAAGUGGCCUAAUUAUUCACUUAGUUACUCUAGAAACUAAGUAUUGUAAACAUGGGCACAAGUUGGAUCAACCAGGCCCGGAGUUGUGAGCAAUUUGGUAUUAAUUUUAUUUACAAAACAUUAAGUUUGAUCACUCAAUGUUCUUAUCUUUUCUUAGGUUUUAAAAUCCUUUCCUCUUAGAUUCUCCUAAUCCUCUAGACUUUAUGGGACGACUAUAAUUAUGUUUGGGGGUGUAUUGCUUCUUGAUUUUUUUUCUUCUUUUAAUAAAACAAAAGCCCCGUUGGAAUAACAUAAUUGAAUUAUUUAUUAUGUUUGAGAAAUAUUUAAACAAUGUGACAAAUGCCAAAGAUUUUGAGUGUGUACUUAAAGAAAGGACAUGGGUUCUUGUUCCUUUUCUUGUCCUUAACCUUAAGUUUUGAACUUCAUUGGUUGGAAGGUGGCCAAAUGUGUAACUUGUCCCUUGUCUAACAGUAACAGCAGGUUCAGACAUGCAGUAGAAUAGGAAGGUGCCACGUCCCUUGGCUGUAUCUGUGGAUACCCAUAACAGCAGAACCAGUUUACAAUACUAGAGCAGCAGAAUGCAGCAAACAAUCUUGUUGUGCAAGUUUGCAAAGUUUUAUCUUUGUAAACUUUGAAAAGAUUAUUGAGUUUUUGUGGAAAUUUUGUAAUCCAGUAGUAGUCUAAAUCCUCAUGUUUCAGCCCACAUCUGCCCAUUCCUAUUUCUGCAGCAUAUAUAGCAGUGACGAAGAUGAUGAGGACUUUGAGAUGUGUGACCAUGACUAUGAUGGGCUGCUUCCCAAGUCUGGAAAGCGUCACUUGGGGAAAACAAGGUGGACUCGGGAAGAGGAUGAAAAACUAAAGAAGCUGGUGGAACAGAAUGGAACAGAUGACUGGAAAGUUAUUGCCAAUUUUCUCCCGAAUCGAACAGAUGUGCAGUGCCAGCACCGAUGGCAGAAAGUAUUAAACCCUGAGCUCAUCAAGGGUCCUUGGACCAAAGAAGAAGAUCAGAGAGUGAUAGAGCUUGUACAGAAAUACGGUCCGAAACGUUGGUCUGUUAUUGCCAAGCACUUAAAGGGGAGAAUUGGAAAACAAUGUAGGGAGAGGUGGCAUAACCACUUGAAUCCAGAAGUUAAGAAAACCUCCUGGACAGAAGAGGAAGACAGAAUUAUUUACCAGGCACACAAGAGACUGGGGAACAGAUGGGCAGAAAUCGCAAAGCUACUGCCUGGACGAACUGAUAAUGCUAUCAAGAACCACUGGAAUUCUACAAUGCGUCGAAAGGUCGAACAGGAAGGUUAUCUGCAGGACUCUUCAAAAGCCAGCCAGCCAGCAGUGGCCACAAGCUUCCAGAAGAACAGUCAUUUGAUGGGUUUUGCUCAGGCUCCACCUACAGCCCAACUCCCUGCAACUGGCCAGCCCUCCGUUAACAAUGACUACUCCUAUUACCACAUUUCUGAAGCACAAAAUGUCUCCAGUCAUGUUCCAUACCCUGUAGCAUUACAUGUAAAUAUAGUCAAUGUCCCUCAGCCAGCUGCCGCAGCCAUUCAGAGACACUAUAAUGAUGAAGACCCUGAGAAGGAAAAGAGAAUAAAGGAAUUAGAAUUGCUCCUAAUGUCAACUGAGAACGAGCUAAAAGGACAGCAGGCACUACCAACACAGAACCACACAUGCAGCUACCCCGGGUGGCACAGCACCACCAUUGCCGACCACACCAGACCUCAUGGAGACAGUGCACCUGUUUCCUGUUUGGGAGAGCACCACUCCACUCCAUCUCUGCCAGCGGAUCCUGGCUCCCUACCUGAAGAAAGCGCCUCGCCAGCAAGGUGCAUGAUCGUCCACCAGGGCACCAUUCUGGAUAAUGUUAAGAACCUCCUAGAAUUUGCAGAAACACUCCAAUUUAUAGAUUCUGAUUCUUCAUCAUGGUGUGAUCUCAGCAGUUUUGAAUUCUUUGAAGAAGCAGAUUUUUCACCUAGCCAACAUCACACAGGCAAAGCCCUCCGGCUUCAGCAAAGAGAGGGCCAUGGGACUAGACCUGCAGGAGAACCUAGCCUGAGGGUGAACAAACGCGUGUUGAGUGAGGGUUCACUUGACCCACCCAAGGUCUUACCUCCUGCGAGGCACAGCACAAUUCCACUGGUCAUCCUUCGAAAAAAACGGGGACAGGCCGGCCCCUUAGCCACUGGAGACUCUAGCCCCUUCAUAUUUGCUGACGUCAGCAGCUCAACUCCCAAGCAUUCCCCUGUCAAAAGCCUACCCUUCUCUCCCUCGCAGUUCUUAAACACUUCCAGUAACCAUGAAAACUCAGACUUGGAAAUGCCUUCUUUAACUUCCACCCCUCUCAUUGGUCACAAGCUGACUGUUACAACACCGUUUCAUAGAGACCAGACUGUGAAAACUCAAAAGGAAAAUACUGUUUUUAGAACCCCAGCUAUCAAAAGGUCAAUCCUAGAAAGCUGUCCAAGAACUCCUACACCAUUCAAACAUGCACUUGCAGCUCAAGAAAUUAAAUAUGGUCCCCUGAAGAUGCUACCUCAGACACCCUCUCAUCUAGUAGAAGACCUGCAGGAUGUGAUCAAACAGGAAUCUGAUGAAUCUGGAAUUGUUGCUGAGUUUCAGGAAAAUGGACCACCCUUACUGAAGAAAAUCAAACAAGAGGUGGAAUCUCCAACUGAUAAAUCAGGAAGCUUUUUCUGCUCACACCACUGGGAAGGGGACAGUCUGAAUACCCAACUGUUUGCACAGACCUCACCUGUGGCAGAUGCACCGAAUAUUCUUACAAGUUCCGUUUUAAUGACACCAGCAUCAGAAGAUGAAGACAAUGUUCUCAAAGCAUUUACAGUACCUAAAAACAGGUCCCUGGCGAGCCCCUUGCAGCCUUGUAGCAGUACCUGGGAAGCUGCAUCCUGUGGAAAGAUGGAGGAACAGAUGACAGCUUCCAGUCAAGCUCGUAAAUACGCAAAUGCAUUCUCAGCCCGGACACUGGUCAUGUGAGACAUUUCCAGAAAAGCAUUAUGGUUUUCAGAACACUUCAGGUUGAUUUGGAAUAUAUCAUUCCUCGACAUGAAACUUUUCAUGAAUGGGAGAAGAACCUAUUUUUGUUGUGGUACAACAGUUGAGAGCAGCACCAAGUGCAUUUAGUUGAAUGAAAUCUUAUUGGAUUUCACCCAACUAAAAGGAUUUUUAAAAAUAAAUAACAGUCUUACCUAAAUUAUUAGGUAAUGAAUUGUAACCGUUGUUAAUAUCUUAAUGCAGAUUUUUUUUAAAAAAAACAUAAAAUGAUUUAUCUGUAUUUUAAAGGAUCCAACAGAUCAGUAUUUUUUCCUGUGAUGGGUUUUUUGAAAUUUUACACACAAAAGGUACUCCAGUAUUUCACUUUUCUUGAUCACUAAACAUAUGCAUAUAUUUUUAAAAAUCAGUAAAAGCAUUACUAUAAGUAUAGACUUAAUACCAUGAGACAGUUAAUCAGGAUUGUAAAUGCUCAUUUAUGGUUAAAGACGUUGAAGGUACAUUUAUUGUACCAAGCCAUUUUAUGAGUUUUCUGUUAGCUUGCUUUAAAAAUUAUUACUGUAUGAAAUAGUUUUAUAAAAAAUUAUAUUUUUAUUCCAUAAUUUAAUUUUGUAAAUGCCAAAUGAAAAACGUUUUUUGCUGCUAUGGUCUUAGCCUGUAGACAUGCUGCUAGUACAGAGGGGCAGUAGAGCUUGAAUGGAAAGAAAAGGAACUUGGUGUUAGGUAAUUGACUAUGCACUAGUAUUUCAGACUUUUUAAUUUUAUAUAUAUAUAUACAUUUUUUUCCUUUUGUAAUACAUUCGAAAACUUGUUUGGGAGACCUGAAUUUUUUAUUGUGUGGUUUUUUUUUUUUUGUUUGUUAUUGUUGGUUUAUAAAAGCAUGCAUUGCACUUCUUUUUUUGGGAGAUCUAUGUUGUUGAUGUUCUAUGUUUUGUUUUGAGUGUAGCCUGUUUUUUAAUUUGGGAGUUCUGCCUUUGAUCCACAUCCCCUGUGGUUUCUAAGCGUAUGGUCUCAGAACUGUUGCAUGGAUCCUGUGUUUGCAGCUGGGGAGAAAGAAACUGUGGUUGAUAGCCAAUCACUGCCUUAAGAACAUUUGAUGCAAGAUGGCCAGCACUGAACUUUUGAGAUAUGACAGUGUACUUACUGCCUUGUAGCAAAAUAAAGAUGUGCCCUUAUUUUACCUA